GGAUGGAAUUGGAAUUAUUAUCCAUCUCCCAACUAUAUAAACCCCUGCCAAAAUGCCAGAAAUUAAUACAAUCAAACCUACAAAACAAUUUCUACAAAACCCAAAAUACUCAGUCUCAGUUCAGCGGACGCAAGCAACAUCAUGGGGAAGCCUGCUAUUUCCUUGAGAAUCGCAACCUCUCUUGUACUGAUAGUCCUUGCUGUUCUGAUUUCAGGCAUGUUGAAACCGGGUGAGGCGAGAACGAGCCCAUCCGUGCAGGUAGCGGAUGUGGGGAAUAAGCAGCUGGCCAUGGGAGGAACCAACGCUACUAAUUACUCUGUCGAACAGACGGAGGACCCGCCGGCUUGCACUAAACACAGCCAAUGCAUCAAUUAC